AUGUUCAGAUCAAUAACGAGGGCUAGGCUAGUACCUAGAACUUUCAUACGAUUCAACACAACCAAACCAUUAUUUCCACAAAUAUAUCCUAUAAAUAAAGAUAAAAUAACAGAAGAAGAUGUAGAUAAAUGGAUAUCAGCAUUAAAACAUUUAAAAAAUGGUAAAAAGAUUCAUGAAACAGAAGAAGAAAUAUAUCUUGGACAAAUGACUCAACCUGAACAAUUUAUAACUAAAAAAUUUGAACCAUCAUUACAACAAAUUGAAGAAACUUUAGAAUAUAAAAAUAAACAAAUUCCAUUAAAAUCAGAUCCAACUGUUGAUAAUUUUAUUAAUCUUAUAAUGAGACAUGGUAGAAAAGCAAGAGCUCAAAAAAUUGUAAGUAGAGCUUUUUAUAUUGUUCAAUUAAAAUUAAGAAAAGAUCCAAUUGAAGUUCUUAAAGAAACUUUAAAUAAAUUAGGUCCAUUAGUUACUACAAAAUCAAUGUCUACUGGUGUAGCUAAAAGAAGAAUUGUUCCCAUCCCAUUAAAUGAAAGACAAAGAAAUAGAUUUGCAAUUAAAUGGAUUCUAGAAGCUUCAAAAAAUAGAAAAUCAAAUGAUUUUGCAGUAAGAUUAGCUGAAGAAAUUAUAAAUGCUUAUGAAGGUAAAUCUUCUGGUUAUGAUAAAAAAGCUCAAAUGCAUAAGCAAGCAACUCAACAAAGAGCUUAUAUUAAUUUGUAA